UAAUGCAACCAGUUAACCUAUUAAAACAGCAAUAUCUAGGAGAAGCAUUUUCAAACACCCUUCAAAAUAGUACUAUUACUGUCAGCGGUGUUUUCUUUAACCUAACUAUCUGCGGUAUUACUUGUCAAGGGUAUAUCUUCCGAUGAAGGACUACAUUAACUGUCAAAAACUACAACUACCCGGAUCUACAAUCUGCCAUAAAGCGGUUACAAGUGUCGUGAUCAAAUGAGGAUUUAAAUAGGAGUGACGUCCAGGUUGAGCGAGAAGUGGGGAGAGAGAGAGCAGUCCAAGCUAUCGUGUGAACAUGUCUGAGCCUAUUAGAGUUCUGGUGACCGGCGCUGCUGGGCAGAUUGCCUAUUCUCUGUUGUUCAGCAUUGCCAAGGGAGAUGUCUUUGGCAAAGAUCAGCCAAUCAUCUUGCUCCUUUUGGACAUCACACCCAUGUUGCCAGUCCUGGAAGGUGUUGUGAUGGAGCUGCAGGACUGUGCCCUCCCACUUCUAAGAGACAUUGUCCCCACUGACAAGGAGGAGGUUGCCUUCAAGGACCUGGAUGCAGCCAUUUUGGUGGGCUCCAUGCCCAGGAGGGAGGGCAUGGAGAGGAAGGACCUGCUCAAAGCCAAUGUGUCAAUCUUCAAGAGCCAGGGAGCCGCCCUGGAGAAGUACGCUAAGAAGACCGUCAAGGUGCUGGUUGUAGGAAACCCUGCCAACACCAACUGCCUGAUUGCAGCCAAGUCUGCUCCCUCCAUCCCCAAAGAGAACUUCUCCUGCCUCACCCGUCUGGACCACAACAGGGCUCGCUCUCAGGUGGCGAUGCGCUGUGGCGUUCCUGCCACCCAUGUGAGGAAUGUGAUCAUCUGGGGCAACCACUCGUCCACCCAGUACCCAGACGUGCACCACUGUUUGGUCAACAUGUCUGGUAGUGAGCUCGCCUGCUUUGAGGCAGUCAAGGAUGAUGCCUGGCUUAAAGGAGAGUUCAUUGCUACAGUGCAGCAGAGAGGCGCUGCAGUCAUCAAGGCCAGGAAGCUGUCCAGCGCCAUGUCUGCAGCCAAAGCCAUCUGUGACCACAUGAGAGACGUCUGGUCUGGCACCCCCGAGGGUGAGUUCAUCUCCAUGGGUGUUUACUCUUCUGGCAACUCCUAUGGAGUCCCAGAAGACCUCAUCUAUUCAUUCCCUGUCCAGAUCAAGGACAAGACCUGGAAGAUUGUGGAGGGGCUGAGCAUCAACGACUUUUCCCAAACAAAGAUGGAUGCCACAGCGGCAGAGCUGAUAGAGGAGAGAGAUACAGCUGUGUCUUUCCUGUCAGAAUGACUAGACCCUGCAAGGCCACCCAACCAACAAUUAGACAGCCCUCAAACUCCAGACGCACGCCUGUGAUAAAGCACUCCACCAAUACCUGCAUUUCUGUGUGUGUUAGAGCGAGAGAGAGAGUGAGUGGUCAGUGUUUAUGAGUGUAAAGUUGGGUUUAUACUUGUGUGUUUGGAGGCUAUAGCAUAAAAACUAAUCCUUUGUACAUAGACACUGUAGCUUUAGUGCUAAGGUGCACCUUUUCAAAAAUGUACAGCAGCUACAGAGAGACCAAAUGGAGACAGGGAUUGGCUAGUGUGGGUUGCUUGUGCAGACCAGUGCAUAAAUAUUAUGUUUACUUUGGCUGUAAACGGUUGCACGGCAUAAGUCUCCUUUUCAUAAGACCACAGAGACACCCACAGGAGGAGCGCUUUAUGCUGGGACGCACAAGUAUAACUCCACCUUAGGUUUACAGUAUAAACUGGAAGUCAACCAAAUUUGUUACCAGCUAUUUUCCAAUACUUUUUCUCUGAGUUUAAGUGAAACAUGGAUGGUUGUUACAUGGAGUCAAUGAUGCACUAAGUCCUCAAACACUGGAAUGAAUAACUUUUAAGCUAAACAAUAAAACAUUUAAACAUUG